AUGUCGCGGCGAAGCGCUGCCUCGACCGCCCCGCGGAAGACCAGCUUUCUGAACCUUGCGAGGAGGACUCUGGGCUUGACUUGCCUGUUGGUGACGGUGUUUUUGUGGACAGCAUCGAAUUUCCUUGCUAGUUACAUUUUCUCAGAUCAUACCUACGACAAGCCUUUCUUCGUCGUAUAUGUCAACACCUCGAUGUUUGCCUUCUCCAUGAUACCCAUAUCCAUCAAGUAUAUCCGCGAGAAUGGCGGCUUCGGGCAGGCGCAAGAGAAGUUGAUGCAGGCAUGGAGGGAGAAAUCACUGCGGCCGCUCAACAUGGAGAGUAUGAAGGCACAGGUCAACGAGGACGACGACGAACUGGCGGCGGGACUCCUCGGGGAUGAUCAAGGCGACAUCGACGCACACGAGCUGCAAAAGCCGACGGAGAAGCUUGGGCUGCGCGAAACCGCCCGCCUGAGCUUGGAGUUCUGCAUGCUGUGGUUCUUCGCCAACUACUUUGCCUCGGCCUGCCUGCAGUACACGAGCGUCGGCAGCGUCACCAUCCUCACGUCUACGAGCAGCGUCUGGACGUUGAUCUUGUGCGCCGUCAUGAAGGUCGAGGCCUUCUCCGUCCGCAAGCUCAUUGGCGUCAUGGCCUCGCUGGCUGGCAUCAUCUUGAUUUCCACGGUGGACUUAUCGGGCAAAGACAACGAUGCGGAUCGAGGAAACUUUCCCCAUAAAACACAGCGACAGAUCGCCAUUGGCGACGCGAUGGCCCUCAUCAGUGCUAUGGUCUAUGGAGUCUACGUCACUGUGAUGAAAGUACGAGUCGGCGAUGAGGACAGGGUCAGCAUGCCGGUAUUCUUUGGGCUCGUUGGUAUCUUUAACAUUGUUUUGUUAUGGCCAUUAUUCUUCGUACUGCAUUUUACUGGCAUCGAAACAUUUGAGAUGCCACCGACCGGGAAGGUAUGGACGAUCAUUUUUCUCAACUCGAUAUCGUCUUUCGUCAGCGACAUGUCAUGGGCAUACGCCAUGCUUUUGACGACUCCUUUGAUCGUGACAGUUGGGUUGUCACUGACGAUACCCCUUUCUCUCGUCGGCGAGAUGAUCCAGUACCAGCAGUUUUCCAGUUUCCUAUACUGGGUUGGCGCAGGCAUCGUCCUACUUUCUUUCUUAUUUAUCAAUCACGAGAGUCACGAAGAGACCGAAGAAUCUGUAAUCGAAUCAUAG